AUGGUCUCCUUUUGGCCCUGGAAGGGCGAUGACAACUCCGCGGCUUCUUUCGAGAAGACGCUGUCCACGCUGUCCACGAAGAUCGCCCAAACCACCGCGCGCCUUGAUCAGCAACGUCAAUCCUCGCGCAGAGUGAAGGCACUUUGGACUCUCUACUCAACCUUUGCCUAUCUAUUUUACACAAUCACAAUCACCUUGGUCUUCGGGUGGGACAGCUGGGGCGUCAGGGAAUAUGCAGCUAUUGCGGGCGGGCCGGUUGUAAUCUAUGGAGUUCGCAAGACCAGCUCCAAGUUCUUUGAUUACCAAAUAUCUCGCAACCAAGCUCGUCUUGACGACUUCCACAACCAGCGCGAAGAAACCAUCGAGAAGCUCAAAGUUGCAACCAAAUAUAACACCACCCAAGAGCUGCUUGAGAAGUAUGGCGCCGAGUCUCCCAAGGCAUCUCCAGCUCCGAAGAGCGACACUGGCAAACAGCAGCCUCCUCAACAUCAAUCACCGGCCCCCCGCACUGGUCUUCCUCCACCACCCACUGCAAACAUUCGGCGCCCUCCCUCCGCACCGCAAACCCCGAGCAACCCCUCACCCCAGCCUCCUUCUCCCCCUAUCGAGCUCGCGCACGCGCCUCCGCAGGUCCAGCAUGGAGAGUACAUCGAACAACCACACUGGUACGAUCGUCUUCUGGAUGUGCUGUUGGGCGAAGACGAAACACAGCCCCGCAACCGGAUGGUUAUGAUCUGCACACAAUGUCGGCUGGUGAACGGCCAAGCACCUCCUGGGAUCAAAACACCGGAGGAGCUCGGUCGCUGGCGCUGCGGUAGCUGCGGUGCUUGGAAUGGGGUUGAGAGCGAGGCCACAAAGAUUCUCAGUAGUCUGCGUCAGGAUGGCGCACCUACCGAGGGGUCGUGGGAGCCUGUGUCGAAGGCAGACGUGGAUACCCAGUCCUCGGAGGGCAAUGACGAGGCCGUCAUGGUUGAAGAAGAACGGGGGGUUUCCGAUAGCUCUGAGGAAGAGCAGGCAGAAGAAUCUAAGCCUGAGCCUGUGCGCCGGUCAAAGCGCGGUGGGAAGGGCAAAGGAAAGCAGUAG